CGUACUUUUUCAUAAUGGCGGGUAUUUAGGCACUAGGCAGUACGAGGGUACUAAACGAUCGCUUGAGUGUAUUGACCUUGAUGGCGGUGAGGACUUCAAUCGUAAGCGGUCAAAAUGUCACCGAUCUUUAGAGUGUGAAUGGUCGUUUACUUUUUAAUGCAGGGAGAACCAAAUAUCUCCAGAAUAAGGCAGAGUUUUCAAUAACAUGUCUAUUCAGUAUGUAGGUCGUCUCAUUGGAAACAGUGGUACGAGUUGAAUCAUGUGCUACUUAUUUCCUAAGCGCAAGGGUUAUUUAUCGAUUUAGUUACAACGUCAGUGAAUCAAGACCACGAUCUGUGCGACAGUCAGUGUUGAUUUGUACCGAUAGUGGACUUUAAAUGUUUGAGUACCUGAAGGCUUACAGGUAGCAGAAAGGAAUAUAGUAGAAUGCAGAGGGACUUGACACUCAGCGACAGUCACUUAAAAGAAAUGAAACAACGUUUGUGUUCCAUUUUCCACGAGAGCUGUAACAAAAUGGCAAACAUCGUUCAAAACAGAAAACUGAUCUUACAUUUCGACGUAAACAAAACCAUAGUGCCAGUGGAUUCCGCAACGGGGGAGACUGUCGAGGCCGCCCUAAACGUGUACCUGUCGGGGCUGGCUCAGGGGAAGGACCGGGAAGGCGAAUGGCACUCGAAGCACGUGCUCGCCGUGGCACCGGACGAACAGGAUGACGUCAGCUUUUACAAGUUCCAGGAAAAACGUUUGUUGCCCCAUAUUAACAGAGACAGGAAAACAUUUCGAUACAAUUUGAUGUCGUUUACUGAUAAGCCACAAGGCUCAAGGUAUAAGCCCCAUCUUAAGGAAUUGUUGAACGUUUUGAAGUGGGACUUUCCUUAUGAGGAGACUGUUCAUAAAGAUCUCACUGUUCCAGGAAACGAAGCUUGGCGUUUUCAUUUCAUUCUGCCAGCAUUUUACAAAUUGCUUAGAUAUCUUGUUGAUCAGCAUAAAGAUUUUACAGUGAUAUUUAGAACGUACGGAAGUGACGCUAAUAGUGUUUUGAAAAGUUUACGCCAUGCCAUCUCUAAUAAACUGCCAUUUUGUCACAACUUGGAAGAAAUGUCCGAGGACAUUUCCGAUACUGUGUACGUUUUACGCAGAAGUAAUUUUGAGCCUUCUGUGUUCAGUGUCCACACAUGUGCAGGAGACAGUGAAUCUGAAAGAGUUCGCGUGAAAACGGACGAGGAGAUGUAUAUGUGGAUGUCAAACAUGAACGGAAUAAAUGCCAUACGUGAUAACGUUCAGGACUGGUUGGACCACAGCUUUGACUCCAGGUUUGGCAAACCUCUGUGGGUAGAUAGCUCAGAUGAACGCAACCACCAUGUGUUUUUCGAUGAUAAUAUACGACCCGGAAACCUGGACAGCAUCGCCAAUAUCCGGCUACGCCACAGCGCAGGCGAGGACUUUCAGACUGUGGACAGGACAGAGGAACACAAACUGGUCAACGCAAAUAUAGUGCCCGUCACUUUUACUGAGGCCAUAUUAGAUGAAGACUAUUUCGUCAAAAAGCUGCGUUUGUGCGAAGAAAACUAUGCAAAACAACUCUACGGACACAAGUUGACGAAUUAAUGGAAUAUUUUAAAUUUUAGUUCACAUAUAUGUACCCUGUUCGGCCUUGUAAAAGUAUUAAUAUUACAUGAUAUUAUUGACAGCAUGUAUUCUAUGCACCUAUUCCUAUUAUGUCGAGAUUAGCUUUUUUACCAAUGUAUAGGAGCUUGUUAUUAUUUUUUUACAAGGUGCAAUUGCAAUUUUAUUUAUCAAAUAAAUGAA